AGACGCACGCAGUGGACUCGGCCAGAGCAGACACACUCUUCAGCAGUGACAGCGAGCCUGUGGUGGGAAUAAACGCUGCGCACAUUAUUGUCAUUCAUUUAUCGGCCGGCGGAUCGUCUGCUGGAGGGGAAAAGAGAAGAGCUUUCCGGGGACUGCAGCGGCCACGCAGAGGGAAAUACAAUCAUUUGCAGUCAGAAGAGGAGGAUCACUGGGGUCUCUGGACGACUCCUGAUGGUUGCUGAACCCCACAACCGAGAGCCGUUGCCCUGAUUGCGGUUUGUCAGGCACAGCUUUUUUCCUGAAGCAAGAUGUCAACUACAGCAGAGAAUGGGACGGGAGGGCCUUGGAGCACGAGCAGAGAGAAAACAUACAAAAAGACCACAUCGUCGGCCUUGAAAGGAGCCAUUCAGCUCGGCAUUGGCUAUACAGUCGGCAACCUCACCUCCAAGCCCGACAGAGACGUGCUUAUGCAAGACUUCUACGUGGUGGAGAGCGUCUUUCUGCCCAGCGAGGGAAGCAACUUAACUCCGGCACAUAAAUACCCUGACUUCCGCUUCAAGACGUACGCCCCCCUGGCCUUUCGCUACUUCAGAGACCUGUUCGGCAUCAAACCGGACGAUUACCUGUAUUCCCUUGUAAAUGAGCCUCUGAUUGAGCUCACCAACCCGGGGGCCAGCGGCUCGCUCUUCUACCUGACCAGCGACGACGAAUUCAUCAUUAAAACUGUCCAGCACAAAGAGGCCAAGUUUCUGCAGAGGCUGCUGCCAGGAUACUACAUGAACUUGAACCAGAAUCCUCGAACUCUUCUGCCAAAGUUUUACGGCCUGUACUGUAUCCAGUCCGGAGGAAUCAACAUUCGACUGGUGGUGAUGAACAACGUACUGCCUCGCUCUGUUAAAAUGCACUACAAGUACGACCUGAAGGGCUCCACCUACAAGAGGCGAGCGUCCAGGAAAGAGAGGGAGAAGAGCUCUCCCACCUACAAGGACCUGGACUUCCAGGACAUGCACGAGGUCGGCCUCUACUUCGACACGGAGAUGUACAACAACCUGAUGAAGACGCUGCAGAGAGACUGUCGGGUUUUGGAAAGCUUUAAAAUAAUGGACUACAGUCUGCUGCUGGGCGUUCACGUCCUGGACCACAACGAGCGGGACGGCGGCGAGCAGGGGGGUGACGGGAAGAGACCCCCGGCUCAGAAGGUGCUCUACUCCACCGCCAUGGAGUCUAUCCAAGGAGACGGGAAGGCUGCUGAGGCCAUCACCACUGACUUCACGAUGGGAGGCAUUCCUGCAAAAACACACAAAGACGAAAAGCUGCUCAUCUACCUGGGAAUCAUAGAUAUUCUGCAGUCGUACAGGUUAAUUAAAAAGUUGGAACACUCGUGGAAAGCCCUGGUGUACGACGGCGACUCCGUCUCGGUCCACCGGCCCGGGUUUUAUGCGAGCCGCUUCCUCAAGUUCAUGAGCACACGGGUGUUCAGGAAGAAUCAGCUAACUCGAUUUUCCCCUUCAAAGAGGACGCGUACUUCCAUCCCGGCUCUCAAGUCGUCUUCACAGGAGAUCCUUUCAUUGCAGGCGGAUGAGAGGAAUGAAGAGGACAAGAGGGACAGGCUGGGCGGAGCCCGCAGCCUGGACAGCCUGGGCGGACAAGCUGUGUUUGGUUCGUUGCGUCCCGAUCUGGUUCCCACCGAGUCCUUCUAUGAAGGCUCCUCCAUGGGAACCAUCUCCACCUCCUCCAUCUUUGUAAACGUGGACCACCAGACAGAGGACAGAGAGGACGUCGCCUCCAGCUCCACCUUCACCCUGGAGGACAGCGCCAUCUGCCUCACCUCGGAGCAGAGCACCAUGGAUGUGGACAUAGACCGCGACGACGGCUCCGUUCUCGAUGUCUACUUGUGAAAAGAGCAGCUUUACAAUCUUCAUUUCUUCCUGCCAAGCAUCAGACAAUCGCCACUCCCCACCGGACGGGCCAGGCUGGCGUUUGACUCCACUUUCAGUGCUGCUAGAUCCAUGUUGCCACUUGUAUUUGCCAACACAUAAAAGUACUGAGAUUCCCACUGGCCGAUGGACUGAAGGAAAAUCCCAGCAACGGACUUCUGCAGGAGCCAAAUCGUGUCGCGUUCUGAGCAGUCGGCUGAACCGACGCUUCUUAGGGUAUGCGUCAACGCAGCGCCAUGAAAGUUUUAUAUAUGUACACUUAUUUUCAUGACCUACACAGCGACCAGAGCAACGGCUGUGUAUAUAAACAUGAGAAGAGGGUAAAAUCCACACCAUCCAUUUCUUUAAAUGUGUUGAUCAGAGACCAGUGAAAGACAUUGUUAACUGCAGCUGCAUUGGCCGACGACCAAGAUAUGUUUACAGUGAUUUCCCGAUGGCGUGUCUCACAAGAUUACCCGAGCCAGACUGCAGUCACGGACGAGGACAGACUCUAGCGCACAGACUGUGACGUGGUUGAACGUGGAUUCCGGAUUCUGCUCUGACAGGAGCCCGAAGUGACAGUUACUGGAUCCCAGAUGAAGCCCAGCAGAGGGACGAUGCACAGACUCUUGAUAUAAAGGCACUUUUCAAAUUGGUUAUAAGACUUUUUAUUUUUCUGU